GCAGUUCAUCGCGAAAGAUGGCACGAAAAUCGUGAGCGCCGAUGUCACCGAACCGAGCCACUUUGCGCACAUCCGACACCACCGCCGAAUGCAACGGCAAGCGAACAUCGAUAAAUCCUUUCGCCAGUCAGUAGACGACUGUGUGUACUCAGUGCGUGCGUGGACGUUCCGUUAGCCGAGAGUCGCGAGCUUUGUCUUGGUAACCAGCAAACUUGUUCUUAAUAUGAAUCACAUUGAAACGUUGCUGAAAGCCGCCAAAUACAUCGAGAAGCGAGAGAGAGAAGCGGAGGCAGAACAUGGUUACGCCUCAACAAGGUAUCCCGACGAUCUCAGAUCCAUUUCGAAACGACCAAAGAAAAAGUCUCAGGGAAAUAGGACGUCUCAUAACGAACUGGAGAAAAAUAGGAGAGCUCAUCUGAAGAACUGUUUAGAUAAACUUAAGGAUAUAGUACCAUUAGGGCCCGAAGCAUCCAAACACACCACAUUAGGAUUAUUAACUAAAGCUAAGAGGUUUAUAGAGAAUUUGGAAGACAGAGAAAGAAAACACUCGUCGUACAAAGAUCAAUUGAGUCGCGAACACAGGUACCUGAAGCGACGAUUCGAACAGCUGUCUACCCACCAUGCCAUGUCGAAGAGGCGCUCCGUGUCCGAGUGCUCUUCGUCCACUGUCUCCAGCACCCACUCGACGACGUCGCAUUCGUCGGCACCAUCACCUAUUUCCGAAUCGGACGAAGUCGACGUGAUCGGUUACACGAGCACCCAGAGCGACACCGACGACCACUCCAGUGUCCAGUCGGCGUCGAGCGACAGCGGCGUUGCCAUGUCGACUAGCCGCCUCACCCUCUCCGAAAUGGACGUCCUGUAGGCGGACUGAACCUGCCGCCUGCAAACGCCGCCUCUAUUUCCCCCACCAACACCCCAGACAACACGACCCCCCUUCCCCUUGUGUCCCCCAUCCCUCCAACGCAUGUCAGACAAAAGUUGGCUGUGGACACGUUUCAUACGCCAGUAUAAAAAACCCCCCAAACAAUGCGACGUGUCUCCCACCUAGUCAACGAACACUUCUGCUGUCUGUCUUCUCCAGAUUAUCAUCGUGUUUCACAAUAUAAAUUAUUAUUUAUGAUUGUAUAUUGUACAUAUUUUAAAUCUAAAUCAGGUUAAUAAUAAUGUUUUACUAUUAAUUCAUUGAGACGGCUGACUGCCCAAGGGCCGCGGCGCAAAUCAGCUUUCCAUAAGACAAAAUAGUCAAAUUGAACACGAAACCUUUUCUUCUGUAGUAAAUCACCAAGAAUAUAAUCCUCCAAGACAUAAGUUAAUCUAUGAAUUGACACACAUCAAGCAGAGAUUUUUAUCGUUUUAACCAAUCAGUCCCAUUUCCUAGAACAACUAACAAUUACAACGAAUCAAAGUCGUAUUAUUUCCACAAGUGAACAAGGUUUCGUGUAACAACAGACCAAACAUUAACUUUCCUUACUCUCACCUAUACUUAGUAUCAUUUAUUAAUCUCUCCCGUUUUCUCACAGUGCAAACUGCCUAGCAAGAAACUUCUAUCGAGGAACUCCGUUAAUGUUGUGUUUGACUCGUUAAGAAUUGUUUAUAUAUACAUAUUUUAAUUUGUUUCACGGAUGUUUCCUGUGAACGUAAAUUAGUGAAAAUUAGCCCAAAUGGCGAGGCUGGCCCUCCCACAUAAUAUGAUCUUUCUUCGGACGUUGCACUGCGAAAAAGUACUACAACAAUUAAAUUAGUUGGUAAUGGGUUGUAAACCGACGAGCUCAGUCACUCGGGGCUCCCUGAAAACAAACACAAAUGCGCUCGCGUGCCCAAUUUCGCUCCAAAGAGCACCAAAAAUCAUCUCCGACAACUGGAGUAAAGUUACUUGUAAAUGUAUAAAGAACAAACGGACCAGUCACGUUAAACUCGUCGUUAAAUUAUCAUAAUCCGGGUCAUGUAUUUGAGAACACAGUUCAGUCUGAAAGACUACCGAAUUUAUGGCCGCGUCGAACGUUUUAAUUUGACUGGUCCGAGAAUAAAACUGUACAGUGUGUUAGUAUGAGAUCGGUGUGUACGGUCGGCCACUAUGUCAAUCUUAAGAAAAAAUAAAUUGACAUGAUCUCGGGCUUAUCGUCGCUCCCAACAUCGGAUAGCAUUCAAAGAGUACAAAUUCUUUAAGUGUCCCGAAAAGAGGGACUUUUAUUUUUAUGCCGCGGGUGGGUCGUACAGAACUGUACACAGUGUUCAAGGAAUCGCACGGAAUCUGAUCUGAUCAAUGGGAACAACAACCUUUUGGUGAUAUUAUACGCUUCGGAAUCUCUUUAGAUGGAUUGCAGGGUAGGAUGUCGCGCGAUUCCGUGGACAUCGUGUAUACCAGCUCAAUCACGGACCAUCCUCGUAAGAACUGAGCCUCUUGAUUAGGGUAUGACUGUAUGUAUGUUUGAGAGAUUGACAGGUGAUUGCACGGGUACUGUGUUACGGUUUUGUUCGUUGAAAGCUGUCCGCCCGACAUCUACGUUUUUAAAACACAGUAUUGUAUUAGAACAGGUAGUUGGGUAAUGGUUUCCAACGAACAGAUCCAGAUGUACACAAUGGAAUAACUUGUGGCAACCAUCGGAUGAAUACCCUCCGUCUAAUUUUGUGAGGGCCCUCCAUGACUAUAUCCACUUAUUUUUGUAAAGUAUUGUAUAAGGAACGAGAGAGAAUAGAUUGAUCGCAGAUUCUCCGAUUAGAUUGCUUCAAGAUGAUCCACUGGAAAUUUUCUAUAAAUGUCUGCUUCUAUUAGCCUACAGAUUGCAAAACUAUAGAAUCCUUUCAAUGUCUGUUUACUUAAAAAAUAAGGAUGCUUUUUUUGCAAAACAUAUGAAUGUGUAAUACCGAUCACUUGCGUUUUCUGGUUGAAGCUAUAGCAGCAAAAUGAAUUUGUUUUACAACCCAACUCAAAUUUGAUCAAGUUUAUUAGAGUAAAAUCAAUUUAAAUUGUUGCUUUAUGCCAGACCAGUUGCUUCCCUCCCGUUGCUACCAUAAAUGAUCUUUUAAAUGUAAAGUGGUGCAAGGAUUGUAUUCUGCUUCAUAUUUAACAGAGUCAUAAAAUUGUAGCAAAUCUUAGUUACGUAGUUCUGCACUCCUGUCACCUGCAUCAACUCUUCUGGUUGUAUGAGAUAAUAAUAAUAAUUGUAUAUAAAUACUUGUAUUAUUAUAUAUUGCAUUGUUCUUCAGUUCUUUCUGUUUUCAAUUAAAUAUAAAAAAUGAAAUGUAUUAUUGAAGUUUAGAUUGUGUUAUAUUACUUCACUGUUUCAAAUUUAUACUACUCGUCCACAUGUUAUGAUUAUAUUUUAAAUAUGUCAAUAUUGUUUGUACAAAUAAUGCAAUAUUAGGUAUUAUUAAAUAUACAUAAAUUUCAAUUA